AGGCUGUUUAGUCUUACUAAACAAAACGGCGAGUGCGGUUCGUAGAAACGGUAAACAGCAAACGAAAUCAAUAUAAUUCAUUGAGGCAAAAUAUAUAUAUAUCUACAUAUAAUUUCCUAAUCGCCUAAGGACAGCGGCGAAAAAUGAGCGCGCUUUCUCAUAUUCGAGCACUAAUAACGGCACUUGUGCUCCUGGCAUGCCUUUCGGCAUCGCAGCAACAUGCACUUGCGCAAAACUAUAGCAGCGGCAUCUUGCGUAUAGCCAAGGCCGCGCAGAUGCGUGCCUACAUCGACCCGGAUAGGGAUUACUGUGCGGACUUUUAUGAGUUUGCUUGCGGCAGAUGGCGCAGACUACAGCCCACCUCCGCAGUCAAACAAAAGACCGCAUAUCUGGAUCAACUGCAGGAUCUGUACGUCCGCAAGAGUGCCGAUAUGCUGCAAAGCGGGCGCGAGUUGGACAACUCAGCCGAUCGCAAACUAACACAAUUUUUCGAGUCCUGUCGCAAUGAAGUGGCCGUACAGAAGUUGGGCGUAGAACCAAUUUUAAAGGAGGUUGACUUUCGUGGUGGUUGGCCAGCGAUUAUGUCAAACAGUUGGUAUGAGUACGAGUAUGACUGGUUGAAGGUAGUUGCUGAGUUGCGUCGUCGCUUGGGUGUGGACAUACUGAUUGGCUUGGAGGUGGUGCCAGACUUCGGUGAGGAGGAUAUGAACCGGCUGAGAGUGGGAGCGCCAAAGCUGACACUGGGCGGAAAGCCAUUGUACUUGGACGAUAGUUAUGAUGACGAGCGUGACGAUUACAAAGAUAAUAUAGCCGAAAAAUUGCAUACAAACUUCCCGAAUAUGGGCGAACGUUGGGCCGAGGAAGUUGCGCAGCAAGUGCUCGAUAUUGAAAGGCAUUUAGCCAAGGGACUGCCAGACAAUCAAAUGUUGACGCUGCUGCAGAGAACGCGUCAACGCUUCGUGAGUGAACUGAAAACCGCUUAUGGCAGAUAUGUCGAUCUUAAUCGCUAUCUAACGAUUGUGCUAAACCAGACUAUUUACUCAAAGGUCUACGAGGCACCUGAAGAGUACCUGUCUAACCUGGUUGAGGUGAUAAGGGAUACGCCUAAAUUACACAUAGCCAACUACACAAUGUGGCGCGUGCUAGAGCAUCUAGAUUUUGGUGGUGAAAUCAAUGUGGCCGACAACGAUAACUGGUGUGUGCGCAAGAUUAUAUCUUUCUUCCCAGUGCAGCUGCAGAGCAUGUUCAAUCGCAACUACAACAGCGUAACGCUAGUCAAUGAGCUACAAUCCACUUGGGCUGAUAUCAAACGCACUUUUCACGAUGAUCUCACGUCAACGCAAUUUGAAUGGCUUUCCGAGAGCUCACGCCGAAACGCCAUACAGAAGUUGGAGAAGAUACGUCUACAAUUGAUAUCGCACCAGGACGUGGAGCUCGCAGAUGAGUUGCGCGACUUAAAUAUACACCAAGGUCAGUACUACAGCAAUUUGAUUAACACGCUUGAAUGGCAGACAAAACAUAACCUGCAAACACUGUUCGCCAAGCCACAGUCAGUGCAACCGGAAGUGAGUUUGCCAAACUACAACCCGUCCAAUAACAACAUCGAGAUACCCAUAACCUUCCUGCAGUCACGUUUCUUCUGGGAUCCUGAGUACCCGCACGCAUUGCGCUAUGCCACACUUGGCUUCCUGUUGGCACACGAAAUGUUGCGCGGCUUCAAUCUAGCCGGACGGCGUUACGAUCAGGAGGGAUACCAGCGCUCCUGGUUGGAUGCGCCAUUAGCGCAGGCGUACGAUAAACGCGCCACUUGCUUCUAUGCAAAUUACUACAAAGAAUUCUAUCAUCGCGAUCACUAUGUUGUUUUGUAUAAAAAACCCGAGGCGGAGAGUGUUUUGGAUAGUGGUGCUUUGGCUAUUGCACAACGCGCCUAUCAACGGUGGUGGGAGAACGUGGCCGAUCGGGAGGAUGUGUUGAGCAAAGAAACGCUGCCGUUGCUGAACCGUACGCCACAACAAUUGUUCUUCAUUGGCUAUGCGCAGUUGUGGUGUGUGGACUACCAUGAAUCGGUGAAGCAGUUCGAUGGUACACCGGAGUCGAUACGUGUGAACACUGCCUUAGCUAAUCUCGGUGAAUUCGCGCGUGAGCUAAAGUGCGAGUUGGGCAGCAAAAUGCAUCCGGCAAAGAAGUGUGUAUUGUUCUAAAUGGAAAUAAUAAUAAUUACGAGAAAAAAGAAAUUAACACGAAAUAUAUGUAACUUUACUUAUCAAACAAUUAGCUGAGUAAUGCGAAAAGUAAUAAACAAAAACUAAUUCAAAUUUAUUUCUUUUUUUUUAAUUAUAAAAUAAACUUUACACAGUUAAUUUAAAAAUAUGAA